CGCGCGCGCGACCUUCCAUCGGCCGAAUCUCCUCUGGAUCUUGUGCUUUGUUUUUCACCGAAUUUCGACGACGACAUCGAGAUAGUCGGCGUCGACAUUCCCGGAAUGGAAGCUGACUUUGUGUUUUCCUUGAUCGAGGUAUUCCCUCCGACCGAUAGUAAACUCGCGUCGUCGGACUCACGACGCGAACAUUCGACGAGUCGAAAUGGCGAAUCGCGAAAUUGUCGCCGGCGCACGGCGCUUACACACGGAAUCAUUUAACAAGUAAGCACGGACUUUGCGCGAAGCAACGGAAGCAAUAAAAUCCACCUCCAAAAUCAUCGCCAUACCUGCGGAUGGAAUUCGGUAAGCUUCUAGUAGCUAUCCUUAGCCUGGCAAUGCCUAUUUAUGGCGAGGAGACACAGGUAGAAAAGAAACAGGAGAAGAGGGGCAUUCUGGGAUUAGGUUCCGGUUACGGAGGGAACGCUCUGAUAGCAGGAUCGGCUCAUGGAGGCUACGGGCAAAGUUAUCUCGGCGGCGUUGCCCCGGCCUACUCCUCGGGUCAUGGCAUUCCCGCACAUGCUGCCUACGGCUACAGCGUGCCCGUAGUGUCUCACGGAUACAGCGCAGCACCUCUGUACCGUAUCGGUUACUCCGGCGGUCUGGGAUAUCACGGCUCGACUUUGGGAGGGCUCGGACACGGCGCCGGAGGGGUCGCGUACGGUCCCGGACUGGGAUACGGCGCGAAAGGUCUUGGAUACAGUACGGGAAUCGGAUACGGAGCUGGACUCGGAGGAUACGCGGGUGUGGGACACGGUCUCGGCGCCGGACUCGGCGCCGGACUCGGUGCCGGACUCGGUGCCGGACUCGGUGCCGGUUACGUCCACGGAUGGUGAAGACGCAACGGCUGAGCGAUGAUCCGAUACACGCGACGUCGCAAAAUUUCAAUAUGAUCCCUUGGUUUCUCCCGUCAAUUCUGCCCCUACUCUGAACAUUGUCUCCUCCCUUCAAGCUUUAUAUCGUGCGACUUUUGAAUAAACUUUAUAUUUUUUAAUAAAUCCCGCAGUACCUUCUUUUUUACGUCUCCAUUACGAUCCGUUACAGCGAGGGCGAACUAUAAAUCUUUUAGAUGUCAAAUAUAUUGAUCAAUCGUAAAAUAAAAAGCAGACAAAGUUGAUGAAA